AUGCUGAAUAUAAUAUAUUAAAACUUAUUUUUUUUAGAUUAUAAAGAUAAAAAAUUAGCAGUAAGAAAAAUUACAAAUAUAAGAAAUUGGUCAGUAACAACAAUAGUUCUAAUUAAGAUAAGUUGAUAUGAAUUGGAAUACAGUAGGAGUCAAUCGAUAAUAGAGUAUUCAAUCAUGAGGAUCUCCAAAAAAGAAUGUAAUUAAAUAUAAUUAAGGAAUAAGAAAUGAUCCAAAAGAUAGAAUCAAUUUUAAGAAGGUCAUUUUGGAAACCAACCCUAAAGUAAGAAUAAAUUCUUAGUGUUUUCUACUGGAACAUCAUAUAUGA